UAUUUUGAUAAUUUUUGCAACUUUUUAUUCCACUGGCCAAAUCAGUGACGUCACUUAUCUUUACGCGGGGAAGUUCCGACCUUUGACCCUAAUGACGAUCUGGAACUGAAAGUAAGAUGGUGAAGAACUUACGACACCAAUGCGGGAGAAAGGGUUAUAUUAUCGACUCUUAGAGGGAUAAACAAGGAGGUUUUGUGAAUAUUUUGAAUUUUAGCUUCCUUGGGUUAAAUCAUCAACUGAGACACUGACAUGGCAGAGGGAAUGGACCCUGACCUUGACCUUUCUGCAGAGAGAGCUGGGUUCUUCUACACAGAUGAUGACGGUGUCGGCUUUUUAACAGAGGAGGAACGUCGUGACUAUGAGUUGGCGAAACAGCUGGAGGAGGAGGAGAGACAGCUGGACAGGGAGAGGGAGGAGCAGGCACAGAUGGACCGUGCCAUCGCAGAGAGCCUCAGGACAGGCGAUGAAGACAUGUUGCAGACAGAAGCAGUAGGGAUUGACUAUCAACAGGAACUACGGGAGCAGCUACAGUUGGCAGAAGUCCUUCAGAGGAGCAUGGCAGACCCAGAUAGUCCGCUUAGCAAUUUUCGAGGUCCUGACAUGCCAACCUUGCCUGAUGGUGUUGACAUCAACACGGCACAAGCCAUCCUGACUGCAUUAGGAGCCAACACUAGUAACCAGUCAGUAGGUAUGGACACAGCUGAUGGUGUCAACAACAAUGAAGACUCGCCCAUGCUGGGUAGUGUCAGGAGGGAGCUCAGGCUGCAGGAGGAGGUCAGGUUGAGAAGUCAAGGGUCACCGUGGGGUCAGGGUUCAAGGUCAGAUGAAGAAGGUGAUGCAGACAGGGAGAGAAGAAUGCAGGCUGAGUGGGAAAGGGAGGAAGCAGAAGAAGACAUGGUGCUGGAACAAGUCCUGUCUCAACAGUGCCCCCAAGUGGCCAACACUGGCCCUGCAGCUAGAAGACGUCAAAGGCCAAUUCAUACAAAUGGUCGACUAGAAGAAGACUUUCAAGAAGCCACAACAUCAAGCGGUAUGGAUCAGUCUGUUCCAAGCAGACGGCGGUCUGUUGAAAUAGAGGACGACGUAGCCGAUGAGUUGAGAAUGAAUGGAGCACAGGGGAACACCAGCGACGAAAACAUGGCUGCCUCAACUAGUGGGACCCAACGGAGGAGGUCAGUAGACAUGGAAGAGGAUGUAGCAGAAGAAAUCAGGAUUGCCAUGGGGGCAGCUGCUAAUCACAGUACAAACACACUUGUAUUCAAACCACAGUCUGGAGCAGCAGCAAGUUCUAACACAGGAGGGGCAGCAAGCUUCCCCCCGGCAGGAGCCAUGAAGCCGUACCCUGUAGAUCCUGACUAUGAUGAAGAACUUCCCUGCAACUGGACCUUGGGACUGGACAGGGAACAAGUUUAUCACCGUAUCAGACUACUGACCACCUCAGAGGAGUAUCGACUGAUUGCAGAGGAAUUCAGCAGAGUCAACAUCACAGUUGAUGCCAUCGAGCGAGUGCAGAAUCCACAUCUCUGGGGUAGACUCCAGUAUGAGAAACAUAACAUGAAGGAGAUAUGCAGGUCGGACAGUUUCGACCUGAAUGAACAGUACCUCUUCCACGGAACUCAGUCUCAGGCUGUCAACCAAAUCUGUGAGGAAGGGUUGGACCAAAGACUGUCAAGAAUUGGAAACUUUGGGAGGGGCAUCUAUUUCAGUGAUGACCCCCGCAAGUGUGUGGACUAUUCUGCUUCAAAUAGUGACCAGGAUUCCAACCCUUGUAUCCUCAAGUGUCGUGUUCUUCUAGGAGAUGUGAAAGUGUAUCCACACGGACAAACUGAUAAAGAUUUAAGGAGAGAGCCACUAAGAGAGAACAGAGAGGAAGGGAUGCCAAAAUCGUAUGAUUCUGUGCAGGGUUGUGUGAGGGAAUACAGAGAGUUUGUGAUCUACAGCAGCUAUAGAACACUCCCUGAGUACAUCAUCUACUACAGAGUCCCAGGAACAGCAGGCAGGACAACUCAAGUCCCAAAUGGUGUACCUACUGUCAGUAGUACUGUACCAAAAUCUCCAUCUCCGAGUACGGACACUCAUGCAGAGAUAGAAGAUGAAAGUGAAGAAAUGGAUGCAUCCCCCACAAGCAUGGGAGAUGAGCAUCCGGAGGUAAAGCCGGGUCAUGACGGCAACGACGCUGCAGUUGCCAUGGCAACAGGAUCUGACAUGCCGCCGGCAGCGUCCGUUGGUACAGGAGAAGAGUUAGAUGCCCACGAAGAACGAAUCAGGAGGGUGAGGGCCAUCGUGCAAGCGGAGAGGAGGGCGGAGGCAGAAGCACGGCAAAGGAAACUUGAAGCCUCAGCGCAAAACAUGGGAGAUGGGGCUGCCCAAGCUAAAGCGCAGGGGCAGGGUGCUGAAGGGAGUGACCCCGCCGCGUCUACCAAGCCGCCUACUGAAGAACUAGACGAGCACGAAGCCAAGCUGCGUAGGGUGCGCAAGAUUGUCCAGGACAGAAGGAAGCUGGAGAAACUGAUGAAGAAGGCAGGGAAGGAGAGUGAUAUCGCGGCCUUGAUGAAAGUGUAUGAUGAAACAUACGGCCAAGGACCACAGGAUGACUCUGAUGAUCCAGUGACCAUCGUAAUGGCCUACCUGAUCCCAGAAUUCCUGGAGGUCACAGGUACAAAUGACAUGGAGACAGCAAAGGACUUCUUAAAAUCAGCAGGCAUGGAUCUGAUGAAGGCAAUCAACUUGUAUUUCAGUUGUCAUUAAUUAUAUAACUACCAAAUUCUAGUUUUUCCUAUAUUGAACAUUAUGAAAACUUUGUUAAUUUGAUUAAAAGUGUGAACAUAUGAGUUCUAACCCUUAGAGUUAGAAAUUUAUAAACUUUAUAAGAUAAAAGCCAAAUUUGUUGCAUUCCUAAACUUAACUUCUUAAAAGCAUUCCGAUGGAAAAAAAGUGUAGAGAACCCUAAGUCAGAAGCAAUUGUUAUGUUUUGUUUUGUUUAAAAAAUCAAAUAGAAAAAAAGGAAAGUUUAACUUUUUCAGGCAGUUCUAAUCUGAACAUUGUAAUCCCACUUUAUUGUUCUUGUUACCUACCCUACUUAUUGUUAUGGGUUGUUUUUGUUUUAGCUAGAGGGGCAGAUUUUGCACGUUUGCAGCAGCCAAACCAAUGAAAUACGGUAUUAUAUUACAUCAAGCUUGCAGGAAAGAUGAUUUUCAAAGAACAGGAAUUUAGUCAACAACAUCAUCACAUCUAAAAUUGCUGCCUUACUUUGAGUUUUCCCCGUGGCAAAUUAGACAGAAAAAUUCCAGUCUUGAACUCUUUGGAAUAAAAGUAUCCUGCACAAAACAUGUUUGGUUGCUUUUUUGAAGAGUGCCAUUUAGACAGGUCUAAUGGAGGCAGAAUUCUAUCAUACAUAAAAUUGUACAAGGAUUUUCAUAG